ACGACAGCAUCAUCCAUAUCAAGCAAGAGGAAGAGUUGUGUGCUGCAAAUCAGCAGGAGGAGGAGGCUGGAGAAGCUCCUGAGGAGCCCUGCCCAGCAGAACAAGAGUUUUAUGAGCCUGAGGCUUCAAAUCAGACCAAGAAAGGCAAAGAGGCCUACACCAGGGAGCUGCCAGACGCGGAGGGUGAGGAUCUCCCGAGAGACCCUGACGCAGGAUUUCAGACUUACCCAGCGGAUGUUUUAUCCUGGAUUAAACAAGAGGAGGAGCCACGCUGCCCAGAACCACAGGACUUGGAGAAAGAAGAAAACUCUCCAGAUUCCAGUACAGUGCAUGAUGAAAACACAAAGAGAGACACUGCAGCAGAUUGCUUGGAAAGCACCGCACCGGCGUGUGACUUGGAGGUACCAGCAAGACCUAGAGAGAGGUUUUCCAAGGAUCCUAGUCCUGGAGUGACAUGGGACAGUCAGUGGAAUUCAGAAAUGAUGGAAACAAACACCAGUGGGAACAGCCUUGUGGGUGACACUCAGCAUGACCGGGGGUUUGGUGAGCACUUGGAUUUCUUUAGUGCUCAAGAAAACAGUGUUGGAAAGAGACCGUGUGCGUACAACAAAUGUGAGAGGAAUUCCAGCCAGCAGGAACAUCUCCACACUCCCCAGGGAGCCCGAGAAGGGGAGAUGUUUCCAGGCCCCACAUGUGAGAAGAAUCUCAAUGAAAGGAUGUUCCACCUGCUCCACUCGCAGCCGUGUCCUCCAGGUGAGAAAGACAUUGGGCAGGGGUCUGCUCCUGCCUCCUGCGAGGGGCUGCCCGCGGGGUCGCAGCUGGUGGCACCACGCACCGAGCGUGGACAGAACCCUGCAGGUGGAACCAGGAGGCUUCCUGACCACAACAGCCUGGGUGGAGAGGAGAACCUGUCUGUGGAAAACGAGGAGAACUUCUCCACAGAAAACCCAUUGUCCAGUCCCUGCUGGGACCAUCCACAGGACAAGUCGGACGCCUGCACCAGGUGCCGGCAGCAGCAUUUUGCACCACGGGGCAGCGCCACAAACCAGCAGCAAAACCAGAGCCGGGGCAAGUCCUACAUCUGCAGUGACUGUGGGAAGAGCUUUGUUUGCCAUUCCUGGCUCGUUAGACACCAGAUGACACACACGGGAGAGAGACCCUACAAGUGCUCUGAGUGUGAUAAAAGCUACAGGAGAAAAGAUUAUCUCCUAAACCACCAGCGCCGGCACUCGGGAGAGGGGCUUUUCCAGUGUCCCCUCUGCAGGAAAAGGUUUGUGCUCAGGAGGAGUUUCAUGAAGCAUCGGGAAAGUCACGUGCAAGAAACACAUCUGACGCUGGCGGGUUGGCCCUGCGCAGAGAUCAGGGGGUCUGUCAUGCACUCUGUAUAA